AUGAUGAUCCCAAGCGUCCUUGCGCCUAAUGCGAUGUACCCAGGCCUUUACCGCCCCUCCGCCUCCUUGCCGCUCCAACGGUCUCUGCAGAACGCGUUUCCAACCCACUCCAGCUUUCUAGUGGAGGACCUGCUGCGGAUAAGCAGGCCGGCGGAGUACCACUUCAGCCGGACGCUCCCCUCAGCAAGCGUCUCCCCGGCGACAACCACCACAACCAUGUCCUUCAGUGCCAUGCCACAGGAGCGCAUCGUCUCUCCAACUGCCUCGACGCGUGACUCAUGCUCUCCGAAAACGUCACAACUGAGUAGUAAAGACCCAACUUAUCUUAAAUUUGGAGUCAGCGCAAUCCUUGCACCAUCACCAAAGACCGCAUCGUUGCCUCCCGCCAUCCACCACAGUAUGCACCCCAAGGCCUUCUCUCUCCCCUACUUCGACGGAUCCUUCCACCCCGCCUUCUUCAGGUCUACAUAUUUCCCAGCAUCUUCAUCCGUCGUGCCCAUCCCCGGGACCUUCUCUUGGCCGCUGGCCAGCAGAGGGAAGCCGAGGAGAGGGAUGCUCAGACGGGCAGUGUUCUCUGACGUGCAGCGCAAAGCUCUGGAGAAGAUGUUCCAGAAGCAGAAAUACAUCAGCAAACCAGACAGGAAGAAGCUGGCCUCAAAGCUCGGUCUCAAAGACUCACAGGUUAAAAUCUGGUUCCAGAACCGCAGAAUGAAGUGGAGGAACUCUAAAGAGAGGGAGCUCCUGUCUUCAGGAGGUUGUCGCGAGCAGACCCUGCCCACCAAAACGAACCCACACCCAGACCUCAGCGACGUCGGCAAGAAGUCCUCCGCGGAGGAGGACGAGAUGGAAGAGGACCCAUUCGGCGCUAGAGGCGCGCCUGGUCUUUGCCAUUCCCCCGCAGCGGGGCACGAGCUGUCCAACAGCGGCGGAUCGAACCUCUCGUCGCCAUCUCUCUCCAGCAAGCACUCGGAAUUCUCAGAAUCGGAUGAAGAAGAGAUCACCGUUUCUUAA